UAACGGAGCCAACAGGUUAUCUUAACUAAGUAUUUAAAUUAGCACACAAAAUGUAUUAAAUACACGGCAAUUCUGCAAUCAACAUCGUGUUUCUGACAGGACGUGCAAGAGCGAACCAUGUCUCCUGUCCUGCUCCUGGGAAUUGUGCUGUGUGUCAGCCCAUCCUUCGCUCAGAACUACGACCAAAUAUGGCAGGACAUGCUGAUGGGUGGUAGCGCCCCCCUCAACCCCACGCAGAUCCUUUCGUACUUCAGAGCAAUGAUGAGACCAGCACCUGCUCCCGAAGAUCCCACUGUUACGACCCGGGUAGACUUCAAGUUCUUCUGGAGAGAGGCAUAUACUGAGACGGAGAGGAUAGCAGACGGCCUCUUCUCCUUCUUCGACGGCCAAAAGGAUGAAAUCUUCGAUGGGAAUGAUCUACUUCCUCUGAUGAACAUUGGUGACAGGGAUGGCGACGGGGCUCUUAACAGGACUGAAUUUGAUUCCUACAUGGAUCUUGCUUACCAAUAUGCCGGGAAUCAACGCUUGUUUCCUAGCAACGCCCAUCAUGCCGCUGGCCAGGCCCACCAACACGGGAACAACCACCACCUCCACCACCUCCACCAAGGGAAGCCAUUCUUUGGCUGAGACGUGAAUAAUGGAAUAAAUGUUUAAUCUAG